AAUUUGCAUAGUCUGAUCGUGAUCACGAGCAUGGAAGGGGAAAAUGAACAUAGCGGGUUCGAAACAUAAAUCCAAACUCGUCUAUGUGACAUUCAGAGAUCUGUCAUUACUCAAAUUAUCGCGUCCUGCCGCUCCCAGAGCCUGCUGGCCUGGCAGCGACAUCAAGGUAAAUAAUAAUCAGCUAGGUCUUUUACAUCGUAACCCGCUCCCCGUCCUAUUCGAUCGUGCCUAUUCGUCCGUGAUAUUUAUUUCCUUUCGUUUAUCAUCAUCGGAAUCCGGACGAAAUCACCGAGGCUUCUGCCCGCAAUUCCGAGAGACCAAUGCAGAUCAGCGCCACAUAUCGCCCAAAACCACACCUCGUUCUGGUAUCAUGGCAAACACUUUCGCCUCCCCGACCCCAUGUCUAGUACUUGCUCGCCCCUUAUGCCCUCAGAUGGUCAGCCCCAUAGGCGCAUCGUCUAGAGGUCGAAAGGAUGGGCGCCUAGUUGGUUCGUUCUUGUCCACGUGGCAUGGUGAUGUAUAUACUAGAAUUCCGUCCCGUUGCCGUACGUAGGGAUAGGAAUGAGCGUCUAAGACGACUCGUCGCGGAUCAGGGCGACGAUCAUGCUGUAAAGGUAGAAGAAGAACAUGAUGAGAUGGAAGCCGAGCUUCACGAAGGAUUCCUGCGC